GAUGCUCGGGCCAGCAGCCACCACCACCAGCCCCGUCGCCGCUGCCGCCCGCGCCCGCAGCCCCCCGGGCCCCCAUUAGCGGCCGCCUCCGCUUCUUAUCUCCGGCCCCCCGCCCUGAACAGGGCCUUGGGAGGGGGGUUCGGCCCUCCGCAUCUGUGGGGAACCACCAAGAAAGGGCACAGAGAGGGUGUCCUGUCCCCUCUGCACUCCACUGGCUCAGCCAAGUGCCGGCUUCGGUGAUCUUUGAGAGAUCAGGACCCCACCCCUCAGUUCUCCAUCCCAUAUCCCCCCCUCACACCCUCUCCACCUACUCUUCCCCGUCCUCCCAGCUCUGUCAGCGCUCUCCCCCCCUCCCGCUUCCCUCCCCGCCGCUCCCCUCCCCCUCCUCACCGCCCCCUCCCCUCCCCCUUCUUCCCCUCCCCCUCCCCCGCCCCCCCACCAUGAGGAUGAUGGCCGCCGGCGCGGUGCACGGCCUCUUCACGGCCUCCGCGGCCCCGCAGCCGCCGCCGCCCCCGCCGCCGCCGCCGCCGCCGCAGCCCCAGCCUCCCCAGCAGCCGUCCCCGCCGCCACAGCAGCCGCCGCCGCCGCCGCAGCCGCCGCAGCAGCAGCAGCAGCCGCCGCCCCAGGCCCCCCCCAUGGAGCCCGAGGCCCCGGAUUCCCGCAAGAGGCCCCUCGAGACGCCCCCCGAGGUGGUCUGCACAAAGCGCAGCAACACGGGAGAGGAAGGCGAGUACUUCCUGAAGGUGCUCAUCCCCAGCUACGCAGCCGGCUCCAUCAUUGGCAAAGGUGGCCAGACUAUCGUGCAGCUGCAGAAGGAGACAGGAGCCACCAUCAAGCUAUCUAAGUCCAAAGACUUCUACCCAGGAACUACAGAACGGGUAUGCCUAGUACAGGGCACGGCAGAGGCCUUGAAUGCCGUUCACAGCUUUAUCGCAGAGAAGGUCCGAGAAAUCCCUCAAGCGAUGACCAAGCCCGAGGUGGUCAACAUUCUUCAACCCCAAACGACGAUGAACCCCGACAGAGCCAAGCAGGCUAAGCUCAUCGUCCCCAACAGCACGGCGGGACUGAUCAUCGGUAAGGGGGGAGCGACCGUGAAGGCGGUGAUGGAACAAUCCGGCGCCUGGGUGCAGCUGUCGCAGAAGCCCGAGGGCAUCAACCUACAGGAGCGCGUGGUAACCGUGAGCGGCGAGCCCGAGCAGGUGCACAAGGCCGUGAGCGCCAUCGUGCAGAAGGUACAGGAAGACCCGCAGAGCAGCAGCUGCCUCAACAUCAGCUACGCCAACGUGGCGGGGCCCGUGGCCAACUCCAACCCCACCGGCUCGCCCUACGCCAGCCCGGCCGACGUGCUACCCGCCGCGGCCGCCGCCUCUGCCGCUGCCGCCUCGGGUCUGCUUGGCCCCGCAGGGUUGGCGGGCGUGGGCGCCUUCCCCGCCGCGCUGCCCGCCUUCUCGGGCACCGACCUGCUGGCCAUCAGCACGGCGCUCAACACGCUGGCCAGCUACGGCUACAACACCAACUCGCUCAGCCUUGGCCUCAACUCGGCCGCCGCCUCGGGCGUCCUGGCCGCUGUGGCCGCGGGCGCCAACCCCGCCGCCGCCGCCGCUGCCAACCUCCUGGCGUCCUACGCGGGCGACGCCGGGGCGGGGCCGGGAGCGGGGGCAGCACCGCCGCCGCCACCGCCCCCUGGAGCGCUGGGCUCCUUCGCGCUGGCCGCGGCCGCCAAUGGCUACCUCGGUGCAGGCGCGGGGGGCGCGGCUGGAGCGGGGGGCGCGCCCCUGGUGGCCGCCGCGGCUGCGGCCGGGGCUGCCGGCGGCUUCCUGACGGCCGAGAAGCUGGCGGCCGAGAGCGCCAAGGAGCUGGUGGAGAUCGCGGUGCCCGAGAACCUGGUGGGGGCCAUCCUGGGCAAAGGGGGCAAGACGCUGGUGGAGUACCAGGAGCUGACGGGUGCGCGCAUCCAGAUCUCCAAGAAGGGCGAGUUCCUGCCCGGCACGCGGAACCGGCGGGUCACCAUCACGGGCAGCCCCGCGGCCACGCAAGCCGCUCAAUACCUCAUCAGCCAGCGGGUCACCUACGAGCAGGGGGUGAGGGCCUCAAACCCACAGAAAGUGGGAUGAGGCCUGUGGUGUGCGUCCCCACCCCCUCCCGCUCCUCCUCCCUCCUCCUCCUCCUCUCCCAACUCCCGCCAGACUUCAGCUUGGUGUGACUCCUGCUUGGCUUGGGAUGGGGCUGGGGUAGGCCUGGCUGCACCCUCCGUUCUGGUAGUCAUAGGCAGGAUUGAGUGACGGCUGGGAAGGGGGCUUUUGAGCCCCCUUUCCAGCCUUGAACUGACCCCUCCUCCCUCCCUCCCUGUGCUUGACUGGGCCUGACCCGCCUCUCCCAGGGUCCAGGUCUAUGUGAUAUCUGUAUAUAUUGCAUUUUGUUGAUUUUAAUAGAAAACAAAGCGUUAUUUUCUCUUUCUUUCCCUCCUUUUUUUUCCUUUUUAACUUUUUCUUUUCUUUUUUUUUUUUUUGAUAAGGAUUCCCCCCUCCUUUAUAAGAUUUUUGUUGACAUAUGGGAGGAGGGGAGGGAGCCUCCAGAUCACCUGGAAUGAGGUGCCUCCCCCAGACACAACAUCCUGCCUCUCUGAUUGCAGUUCCAGAUCCUGGGAAAGUGACGCAAGUAGAGGCAGCCAUCCAGGAGUCAGAUCUGAAAUGAGGGGUUUGGAACAUAGCGCCCCGCCCCCCGCCCCAGGAGUCCCACAUUUCCGGAGCUCCACUAUCUCCUUAGGGUGGAAGUGGAACUUUCUUCCUUAAGCAGAUGUGUUCCUGCUGGAAAUGAUGCCAGCUGUGGGAUGCCUCAGGUUCUGUAAGCCGCGGUGUUGAGAGGCACAGGAGCAGCCGCUGUGGCUUCUCGUGGCUUUUCCUAGAGAAACGAGGGUCCCUGUUGUGAUGUCACUGAAUCCAGUAUUUAUGGGGUGCUUCCAGUAACUCCCUAUGAUGUCAUAGGAAGUAUUUCCUCAGAGGCCGCUUCCUGUACUGGUGAGAGAAAAAACACAUCCCGUGAGGUCACAACAAAACUCCUCCCUAAAAGAGUCACUUCCGUGAUGCCAGAGGCAAAGGCAUGUACUUCCUAUGGAAUCUCGAGGUCGCUUCCUGUGGCAUCAUCGGGAUGAAGCAUGCGCUUCCUGAGUUGGAUAGUGGCCAGUCCCUUCAUCCCCCUCCUCCUUCCACACUUUUUAGUGGGUGUUGGCCCUGGGGGAAGGGAAUCCUAGAAAGAGACUGAAGGAUGGAACUUGGAUCUAAUGUGGAGGAUUCUGAAGAGGAAAAAAAAAAUACUGUCAGGGUCAUCUGCAUCCAUCCACAUUUACCAUCCCUGAACUUGCCUUGACAGGCAAGCAUGGGAGAUGAAGCUAGUGAAACUGACUGCUGAAGAUCCCCUCCCUUUCCCACUCCUGCCUUUUGUGUGCAUGCCUGUGUCUACGUGGCUUCAUUUCAUUGAUGGAUGAGCCAAAUGUAUGGUGGCUCUGUCAGGCCAGUGUGAUCUGGUGUAGAGUUAAGUGAGCCUUGCAAAGCUUAGGGUAUCUUGGGCUGAAAUGCCUUGAGUGGUCUGAUGAAUUCAAUUGGCUUGGUGGCUUCCAGGGAGUUGGUAGAUGUUAGCAGUGUUUGCUAGGUCGGAAAUGUUCAGUGUGCUCAACCUUAGGCUCUGAAGAACUAGAAGAUUCUGAUCAAAAUGUGACAAGCCAGGCUGCCCUGAGAGUUGUUUGGGAGUGGCUCACUUAGCAUGGUGGCUCUGAUCAACUCCAAAGACAGAUGUCAGGGCCUGAAAAACCUGUAGGCUAGGAUUGCUGAGACAUGCCUGUUCCCGCCCAUCUCCCCUUCCCUGUUGGAGAACACCUUCAGUUCCUCCAACCCCAAGCAGGGUCCUCAGAACCCUGGCUCCAUCAUCAGCAUCUCUGGGGGAGGGGUACCCUAUGCCCACUCCCUCCUCCAUCUGCCCUCCUAGGUCUUCCAGACCCUGCUCUCCUCCAUGGCUUUGGGGAUAACUGGCAUCCUUAUUUCUAUCCCUACAAAUGAGCGGGAGGAGAAAUGCCACCCAGACAAUGCCUACCGCUGAAGCCUGGGAGGCCCCUACCCUGUGCAAGAGAGCCACCCCCCAAAUCAAAAUGUGAAAAAUCCCUAGAAAGCAAUAGCCUUCGAGGUACCUCGCACUGACUCCCCCCUUCCCCAGCCCUUCCACCGGAAUGGGAGGCUAAAGCUUGGGCACUGGGGUGACUUUUUCCAUGUCCUCAUCUCCUCAGUGAAGGGCAGGCCCCACUUUCCUUACACACACCCCAUCCCCCACCUCUUAUCGCUGCUGCCCCCUACCCCUAAUCUCCACACUGAGCCCAGAUGGAGAUUUUAGUGCCAAAACAAUUCUUGAUACCACUUUGUACAUAUCUUCUACAGCUAGGAGCUGUUGGGAUUGGAGGUGGGGGCGGCCCACGGGGCCAUUGCUCCCCUCCACCUCUUAAAUGACCUUACAGUAUUUCAUAGUAGCUCCACCUGCACGUGGGUAGUAACGUAUCUAGCUGGAAUAUCCCCCCCCCCCCGCCCUGUAAAGCCCUCAGGCCCUAUGAGGAGGGGAAGGAGUUGGGGGGGGGGGAAUGAAGCAAGAUCUGGGAUGGGUGGGUGGAUCAGAAAGGCAAUUUGCAACUCAUUUGCAUCUUCCCCUAGACUGCCUGCUUUCUGGGAGCCUGUGGGCUGGAGUCUGGGCCUAGUACUCCUCGCGCAGAGGUAGCUCUGAAAAGCAUCCUCUCCGGUGUCUGUGUGACAUGCUGGUCCCUAUUAAUUUCUUGGGGAUCCCUCACCCCACCAGCCCGGGCUAUCCGAAAGGUAGUUUGCUAGCUUAGGAAGGAGGUCUACUUACCAUAUUGCUGCGUGAGGAGCCACACACCUUCCCCCCAUUUUACCCUGGGGAGUUCCAUCCGUCCUCUUCCCUAUCCCUUGAAAGCCCUUCUGCAGUCUGACCUCAGUCUUCCUGUGCUGUGGUUUGUCCCGACAGACACAGAUGCGGACCAGGGAUGGGAAUUACUUUUAAAAUAAUAGUAACAAAACCCAUUGCCUCCUUCUCUACCCAUUAGCCAGUCAGAUCUCAAAGAAUCUGAGCGGCCUCCUUGCACCCCCACUCUUCAGCACCCAGUAGGUGCUUAGUAAAUAAGUGUAGCCUGUUCCUCACCUCCCUCCAGCUUCCCCCAGCGUUUCUCUACUUCUCUGGCUCCCUAUGGCCCACUGGGUUUUCCUCCUGUGGUCCCCUCACCGUUCUCUGUCCUGUCUCUUUGUCUGUCUGUUUUCUUCCCCUCCUAAAUUCUCAACGCUUUCAUUUCCCCUUUAAAAUCAAAAAGUGCCAAACUUCCUUGGAACUGAGCCGAUCUGGGGUGUGGGGGGGAGGAUCUUCGAUGCAUGGGAGGAAAAUACCUCUCUUAAAGGAGGCCCCUUAAGAGGCAGAGAGAACACCUGCGGAUGCUGAGCUAAAUUGGGUCCCCUUCCUCGUUCCUCUCACCCUGAGUUUUUCUUAGAAUCUUUAUAAGAAAAAAAGAAAAAGAAAAAAAAAUACUCAUUUUCAACUAACCCCUACUUUUUUGGAUUCCCCUCCCCCAAAUUCCACCAGCCAAGGAAAACCCCUUUUGCCUCUUUCUGGGCAAGUCUAUGGAAAUUGGGGAGGGGGAGAAAUAGACCCCAUCCUCUUCUGCUGGCCCAAGGGGGUGGCUGUUGGGGAGGGACCUCAAAGCACUUAUGACAAGAGGGGUUCCAAAGUGCCAAAUUCACCUUCUCUAUCCUGUCUCGGGCAAGGCUCUGAGCCAGCCUGCCCAGUCAUCAUCUUUGCCCUCUCCUAGUCAGGAGGAAAUUUUGCCGCAAUAAUUAGCUGGGCAGGGAUCGGAAGACAGUGAUUUUUGCCAUCUCUGUACUGGACUUGUAGGUGGAAAUUAUAGGAGCUUGGCAAGAGUCGUCUUACAGAUGGUUGGGAACCUAUACUCGGAAUAUUACGGUACCACUUGUUUUCCCGCGGUAUUUUUUUUCUCCACUCUUAGCCAACCAGAUCCCUUGGAAUCCCACUCCUUUCUGUUUCUUCUACCCGUCCGUCUGUCCUCUGUCCCGUCACAUCCCGCCACCCCCCCCCCACGCCAUUCUUAUUAUUUUAUGGUUGAUUGGUCUCCAGCUGUUUGACAGAGGAGAGGAGGUUCCCCUUUGCAUGGAUUCUUGCUGUUCGAGCCCAAGAUAAAAGGUUAAUUUGCAAAAGCGUUCACCAGAGCAGCGGUGAAGGUGGCAAUCUAGGCGUCCAAGAUGCUUCACUAGGUUGCACACGUGUCACUUGUCGGACAGCCAAACAGGCCUUCUCUGUGCCCAAUGCAUCUGCCCCCAAGCGCCAUCCGGAAUCGAGGCCGGCCGUCGUCAAAGGCUGAAUUGGUUGUCACCAUGAGGGAGGACAGAAUUGCAAUACCCAGGUCGGGGGGGCAGAGAAGCCUGGUUUACGCUCUGUGGAGUCUGGACACCCAGCCUUGCUGUCGGGAACCCUCUCCACCACAGUCAGCGCAGUCUUGAUGUCCCAGCUGGUGUGUCCUAGACGACCCCUCGCUGAGUGGCAGGAGGGAGGGUCUCUGUGGAGGGUGGUGGUGGUUGUGGUGAAGACUGUUGGUUUUUAACCCCUUUUCAGCCAGUCUAGGACACCCGUCUCCUUAGAACUAAUAUAGGGAGACCCUCCUCCUUCCUCCCUCUCCCCAACCCUCCUCCCACUCCCCAAAACCACCAACCUUUCAUCUUCUAAGUGACUCCAUCACCACCGGCCACCACUGGAACCUGCGGCCUCAUUGCUCCAGCCCGCCCCACUCGACCGUCAGACUCGCUCAUCGAACUCUUUUGAUUAACCCUUUCUGUGUUCAUCCCACGGAAAACUUGUGUGUCCGGCAGGGAGGCCAGGGGGGAUGCUAGGGGCAGUUGCUACCUUUCCUCCAUCUCCUCCCAGCGCCCAUGCCUCCCCAUCCCAUGCCCCCAUCCCCAUCCCUCACCCCUUAGGAUCCGCCUCCCCUGGGGGCCCAGGGAUCCUCUAGAAAUAUACCUUUGCUGUUUGGCUUUGCACCCUUUAAAAGGCGGGCCUAGGGGGCGCGGCCUCCCCAGCCGAGCGCUCACUCCGACCGUCCUCCCCGUUGCCCCCACCCACUCCCCACGCCUUCAUUGUAAAUAGUCACUUUUGUACUUGGUUUGAGCCAGGCGACGUGGGGAGUCUUUCUCUCUUUCUCUCUCUUUCCCUUUUCUUUUUUUAUUUGUGUUGGCAUCUCAGCUACUGGAGGCAUGGUCCACAUCCCAGGUCGAUUUGGGAGAAGCCCAAGGUGUGUCCCGCCAAAAUGCUAAGGAUUUCGAGAUAACAGUAUUAACUCCGACAGGCCUGGGGUGCACAGGUCCCCCGACCGGAGGCAGGAAAGUAAGGCUCUGUUCUCGAGAUCUGUGAAAUGGGUUCAUCCUCCAAGCUCCCUGAAGAACCUCGGUGGAGUUGAGAAUUGAAUCUCUCCUCCACUUCAACUGUUGGAGACUGGCGCGAAAAGAAUGGCUUUGGGGAUGAGGCUGUCUUUGGAGAACUGACUGCUGAAUCCUUCAUGGGACCUGAAGUUAACCUCUGCUAGGCGUGUUAUCUUGCAAAGAGGUAGUCAGAUGAACGUCUAGGGUCCCUUUCCAACCCUUAAAGGAAAGGUCCGAGUCCGCGGCUGGCCCCUGCCUGCGGCCACUCUGCUACAUUCCAAUUUGGAGAUAGGGUGGGAAGUGAAGUGGCCAUGCCUCCAGUUUCUCCAUUCAACCCUCUUAACUGAUUUCCUUCCAUCUUCUUCGACCAGCGCCGCCGCCCACUUCCUCUCCGCCACCUCCAGAAGCUCUUGGCUGGGGUCACCGCACUCUCCUCCCCUUCCCCCCAUCGCCAUGCCUGGGCCAUGCCCACCUCUCCCAACCACUCACCCACCCCCAGUGUCCGUUGUGUGACCUAGUGCACCACGUAUUAGCUUCCAUGGACCCCACCCACCCACUCCCUGCUCCCACCACACCCCUCCCCCCACCCGUUCUCCCUCGGCGACUCCACCUUUUUUUGCCGCGAUAAACGUCAUCUCAGCAUCUGUGUCUAAUGUUGUCUUUUUUGCUUGGCAUCACACACGCCUUCUUAACCCAUCCCCUUCCCUCUCCCUCCUCCCUGGCACCUCCACCCUCAUCCUCAAUUCUCCCCCCCCUUUCCCCCCAUCCCCCACCCAGGGCUCUGGGCAUUUAGGGGAGGGGGGGACCCUUAAGGAUGGUCCCAGAGGAGGGAGGGGUGUGUUGUUUUCUCUGAACUGGGUGAAUGAGACAGAGGGUAAGUGUGGCCAAAGACAGGAAGUGUUUGAAGGUUGAACUUGCAGUUUCAAUGUCCAGUCCUCGGAACCAGGGUCACCACCACCCACACAUACACAGAACCCACAGACAGCUCCUGGACACCAUGUCCACACAGGGAGCAGCUCCUCAAGUCCAGUAGCACCAGAAUAGCCCGGGGCCAGGUGCUUGAAGUCCUGUGAGGCCCCAGUUCAGAUCCCUGAGACUUUGCCCAUCUGAGCCACCACCUUGCCAACUGUAGAAUGGAAAAUUUUUUAAAUGUUAUUUCUACAUCCAUGGUUUAUGCUUGAAUUUAAUACAUCCUUCACUUUCUAAAGAGUUUAUUAAGCACCUGCUAUGUGUAAGGCACUGUUCUAAGUGCCAGAGUUAGAAAAAAUGAACUAAACAGACCCAAACAUGUCUGCCUUCAGGGAGUGUGUGUUCUACU